GGUCGUAUAGGUGUGUGUCUGACAGUCCUCGCGCUGGAUGAGUGUUUGGACGCAGCUCUUCUCUUCUGUUUCUCCUGAGGAGACCCGCUUCAUCCAUGGGUCUGGACUGCGUCGCGUCUCCAGAUGAGCAGACACACGCGCCUCUUUCUGCUCUUUUACAAUUGGACUAAAUGCGGAGUGAAGCCGUUUCAGCAGAGGUGAAUGUGAACGGGACGCCGGAUCCGCCGGAGGACGUGCGCGCGACCGAGACUUGGGCUGUUCGACACUCUGAAAACCAGGACUCUGAAGAUCAGCAGCUCCAGAGGACAAACACACACACAAGAACAGAGAGAGAUACUGUAGACUGACUGCUAUCAGUGUCCACAGUAGGGUAUGAGAACGCUACAGCAUCAUGUGGUUUCUGAGAUGGAGGAGUGAGAGUUCAGCUGAAAACACACGAGGGUUUUCGCUCCUCCAUCAUGUCCGUCUGCAUUUACCGUGGCUUAGCUCCCCCCUCUCAGGCAAGGCGGGCGUGGCUUCGUGUUCUGGCUCCGCCCCCACAUCACUGGCCCCGCCCGUCGCUGCAGCAGCUGUUGGCCGUGUGUCUGCUGCUGCUGCUGCCACUGGCCGUCCAAUCACGGCGCGAGCGAGGCGGAGGGGGCGUGGCCCAGUAUAUCCCAUCAUCAGUGGCUCAGUAUCCGCCCGUCUCCAAGCUGAUGCAGGGCCUGAGCAUCGCAGUGGUGCUGGUGGGGAACUCCAGUGAGGUGGCGCUCGCCGGCAUGCGUGACAAAGAUGACUUUGGCCACAUGCCGCUGGCGCCCAGUGUUGAGAUGGUCACCAUGAACGAGACGGACCCCAAGAGCAUCAUCAAGAGCAUCUGUGACCUGAUGAUGGAGCACUGGCUGCAGGGCGUAGUGUUCGGAGACGACACCGACCAGGAGGCCAUCGCACAGAUCCUGGACUUCAUCUCCGCGCAGACACACAUCCCCAUCCUGGGAGUGAAGGGAGGCUCCUCCAUGAUCAUGGCUGCUAAGGCUGGUUCUUGCUGGUUUGUGCUGGUUUAA